ACUCCAUCGCGAUUCCAUCCGCACCGACGACCAUCGACUCGACAACUCCUUCCAGCAACCACCGUCGUCGCCAACCGCAGUCAUCAACCGUCGUGAUGGCGCAAGAACGCUCCGGAAUCGUGGUCGGCUUGAACAAGGGCCACAAGACCACCCCUUACAGCACCCCCAAGAACCGGAUCAGCCGUACCAAGGGCCAGUCCUCUCGCCGCACUGCCUUCGUCCGUGACAUCGCCCGCGAGGUUGUCGGUCUUGCCCCCUAUGAGCGCCGCAUCAUCGAACUCCUGAGAAACACUCAGGACAAGCGCGCCCGCAAGCUCGCCAAGAAGAGGCUCGGAACUUUCACCCGUGGCAAGCGAAAGGUCGAGGACAUGCAGAAGGUCAUCGCCGAGGCCCGCCGUGUUGCUGGUGCUCACUAAACUCGUUUUUUUAUUCGCCAAGGACGAUAUGACGAGAUUUAAGUGAGUUUGAUGGUUGCCGCGAUGGCGUGGUGGGGAAUUGUGGUGGUCCGCAAAAAUAUGAUUCAAAAAAUACCUUUUGAAAUGAAAUGAAAAGGAAAAAUAAACAAUACAAUGCCCCGCCCUCUCGGAAGCAUCUUGUAUCAUCUUUUUUUUAUUUCUCAAUGACUCCUUUUCUUUUGUCGGGCUUUCACCCUCUUCUGAGAUAAGAGAGGGAGACCUACCUAAGAUACGAUACGAUAGGCAUGGACAACCAUCAAAUGGAUCAUUUGAUUCUUAAUGCAAUUUGGAAGUUUCUGGAGC